AUGUCUGCCAAGAAAACUCUUACAAUUUCGGUCAAGACCAAGGCGUGGAUCCAUGACAUCCUCCAAUCCGAAUUUAGUCGCCAAGUAGAGUCCGUCGAGCUUCAGUUGGGCUCUAACAAUACCCAGGUGUAUACCGUGACCAUUGCCGCUGGGUCGAACGUCAGGACGAAUAAGACCAGUACCCGCACCACAAGAAGCACAUGCGGCGUACAAAAGGAACGCGUUCCGCAACCAGGAACGGAGACGCUGCCUGCCGACACCACGACCGUUAUUCUUCGCUUCACUGACGCGGGAGCGGAUCUCAACGACACCAUCCAGGUACAAAACGAGGUGGCGGCUUAUUCUCUCGCCCGCAUCGCCCUGGCUUCGCUGGAUGAGCCCGUCACGCCCCGAAUUUACGGAUGGCGUUCUGUGAAUUUGGACACAAAGGUCUCUGGCUGGAUCCUGCAAGAACACAUGCACGGCGUGGGACUGAACGAUGAGGUGCUCAAAAAACUAGAUCGUGCCGCCAAGCACUCUGUCUUGACAGACAUCACCCGAAUUUUCCACCUACUACAGCAGUACAAGCUUCCGGUGUCAGUUGUUGGUUACGGUGGUUUUAACUUUGAUGAUGAUGGCCAGGUUACUACGGGCCCCACAACUAUCCAUGGCGCGACGAAAGCAUGUGCCACUUAUCACGAACUAUACUAUCAGUAUUUACAAACACAAAUUCAAAGAAUGGAUAUGUGUGACGUCGUGCAGGGCUGGCAGGAUACACCGGACUUGCGCGCCCGUAUUGAUGCCUUUGUCGAGCGGGGCUUCCAACCUCUCCUCGGACGGUUUAUUGAGGCAAACCCGCGCCCCGUGCUCGUUCACGGUGAUAUGAGAUGCACGACACUAACGGCGGAAAAAGACCUGCAGAAUUUCCUCUACGAUCCCCAGACGAGCCGCAUCACGGCACUAGUCGACUGGAGCUUCAGUCACGUGGCCUCACUGUAUGACGAGUACUUUUACUCGUUUCCGGAGCUGUUCCACAUCGUGACGCCCGAGGACCCAACGUCGCCCUCCAAUGCGAUUCGACGUGCCCUUCUGCACGGACUGGUCUCUGUGUCCGACGAAGACAAAGCCGGCGCGCCGAUGGCGGACUGGACGUUGAUUGAACAGACCAACGCCGCAUUUGUUGUAGAAAGCGUCAUACGGCCGGUAGACCUGAUGCCGGGCAUUGACACGCUCUCGGAUCUCUACUGGUUCAUUCAAAAUCUCAGUCCGGGCAUGUUUUAUAUGUCACGUGUACGGGCCAAAAUGGGACCACAACGGAUCCAAGCUGUGAAGCGCAAUGCAAAAGACUCACUGGAGCAAACAUUGAAGCGGUGGGGAUAUUAG